GUUCGCUGUAGACAGUUUGUCCGAUGAGGAAAGAGGCCAAGGAUCUGAGGAAGAGGAGGAGGUUGAUGUGGAAGUUGUCUCAGAGGAAGAGGGGCACAAACACCAAUCCAAACGCAAGUCCCCAAUCAUGACCAAAGGCAAAGGGAUGGAGGUGACCUAUAGUGAGCGGGUGGUGCUAAUGCCAAGCUCCAGCACAAAUCCUCAGAAAAUGCCUUCUAAUCGGCGCCUGCAUCUCUUUAGGGAGAGGAAAAGGCGCAGUGAGAACAAGAUAGGUUUUGCCAGGCUCCGUUGUCUUCUCUCUGGUAACAAGAAACUGCUAGAAACCAAGUCAAAGCUACAGAUUCUCACAGAGGCCUGUGCUCUUAUUCAAAUGCUGAAAGAGGAUCAGUUGGCUCUGAAGGAGGUGCUUCACUCAGAACGUAUUCGCUGGAAGUCGCUACGGAAACAGUUGGCUUGUGCUAAAGGCCUUCAGGCCAGUAUGAAUGAUGAUGUACCUGUAAUGGAGAUGGACUGGCACCAGACUGACAAGCAGACAAACCAACCGGACAGCAGGAGCUUUGACAAGUCUUCCCAGAGUCACCGCAAGGUGGUAGAGUCGAUGACCCUGGAUGAUGGCUCUUCACUUCAAAUUCUUCUGUCAGAAGCAGAAUCAGAGGCUGAUGAUUCAGGGGAGACAACUGCAGCUGUGCCAGUUUCACAGGACGAAUCUUUGGAGCAAGCGGUAGCAGUGAGAGAAUGUGUGAUCUGUGAAUCGGAAUCGAGUGUGACUACACCAGUACAUUCCCCUAGCAUUACUGCUCCCACAACUUCAAUACACCACUCCAACGUUAAAAUUCCCCCAAAGACCGACAGCAAGCAGAAUUCUGUGUUAAAGACUCAAAAAUUUCCUGGUGUUUCCAGUGCCAUCAAAAAGUCUGGUGUGAAAAAAAAGGAGAAGUUCAGGUCUUUAGGAGCUAGAGCAAAUUUUUCGAUUGUAAAGCAAUUUGGUAACGAUAUGUUAGGUGAGCAAAAUUCAGAGAAGACCCCCGUAGGAAAAGACUUACAAGUGGAAAAGACCCCAGAUAUCUUUGUUAUUUCUUCAGUGUCACAAAAGCCUGCUGUUGACAUCACUAAGGCACUGAUACCAUCAUCUGCCGGUAAAAAACCAGGAAAGAAAUAUACUACCACUGCAGAUUUAAAGGUGCAGGAUCCAUCUGUGAUGUCCAGCAUACCUGUGUCAGCCGCCCUAAAAGACAAUGUCAUCACAUCAGAGGAGAUAAAUACUGUGAAAUUGAAUGUACCAGUGAUAGAGGUAAGCGAUGAUCUUUCAGGUGAUGAACAGCGGUCUAAUGUGUCAUCCUCAGUGAGUGGAACGGCUCCUGUCACUCAUACAGGCGGGCUGGACUACAUCAUCCAGAGCAGAAAUUUAACAACAGAUGUGAAUCAGCAGUCUGUUGGAGUUUUUGAUGUUGAAUCUGUGUUUAAGAAAAUGCACAAGAAAUCUGAGGCAGAACAUUCUGCAGACAGUAGGAUAUCCAACUCAGAGUCACUAGUCCGGUUUCCACCAGUCUUAUACGGUCAGGAUGGGGACAGUACAGAGGACAGCGAUGUGCUGGUGUCAGAGACAACAUGUGCGAGUCUUGCUAAAGGGAGUCCAGAAUACCCACAUCUUGUUAGUAUUGACAAGGGGAGCUGUGCCGAGUCUGACGUGAGCUGCCCAGGGGACGGUGUGUGUCCCUCCGGAGAUGUGGGUCUCGUAGAACCCACAGAUAACGAAAGCCUGGUGAUCCUGGAUGUAUGUAGUCUAGCAGACUGGUCAGUUGUGUAGACAAUAGGGCCAUGCUUCUAGUUACCACAACAAAUCUCACACUUUGGCUCCAAAUUAUUGAUAGAGCUGCAUAUUGUUUU